CACGCGUCCUGUCAUUGCGAUCUUCGUGCCAACCCCCUCAUUCUUCAGUCCGAGCUCCAAGCCGCACAAGUCUCAGCAAGUCUACAACGUCUCCACACCAUGGCCGAAGACGCGACCGCGGCCGCCGCCGUAUCCCCCAACAAGUUGGCGCAGAAGAUCUCGACCGCGCAGCUCACGGACGCCAAGAUCACGGGCUUCCCGCAGUUCACGCCGGCGCACCGGUCACUCAUGGCCAAGCACCUGUCAAUCGAGAUCUACUCGCAACUUAAGGAGAUCAAGACCUCCACGGGUUACACUCUGGAUCGCGCAAUCCAAACCGGUGUGGAUAACCCCCACCUUGGCGUCGGUGUAACCGCUGGCGACGAAGAGUGUUACGAGCUCUUCAAGCCCCUAUUCGACCCCGUAAUUGAAGGCUGGCAUGGGUACAAACCCGACGACCACCAUAAAUGCGACAUGGACCCAUCCCACGUGACGAACGGAAAGUUACCGGACGAGUUCGUCAUCUCCACGCGUAUCCGCGCCGGCCGUAACAUUCGCGGCAUGCCCUUACCGCCUGCCACGUCGCGCGCGCACCGCAAGGACGUCAUGAACUUGUUACAGUCCGCCUUGGGCGACAUGAGCGGCGAUUUGGCCGGCAAGUUCUACAAGCUGUCGGAAAUGUCGCCCGAGGACGAGCAGCAGCUCAUCACGGACCAUUUCCUGUUCCAGAAGCCUGGAGGGGGUACACUCCUAGAGGCUGCGGGCGCUGCGAGGGACUGGCCCUCGGCCCGCGGCAUCUUCCAUAAUAACGACAAGACCUUCUUGGUCUGGUGCAACGAGGAAGACCACAUGCGCGUCAUCUCGAUGCAAGACGGAGGCGACGUGGGCGCCGUGUUCGAGCGGUUCUGUCGUGCUAUCAAGAGCGUGGAAGAGAGCAUCAAGGCCAAGGGGAAAGAAUUCAUGUACAAUGAACAUCUGGGCUUUAUCGGUACUUGUCCGUCGAAUUUGGGUACAGGGUUACGCGCCAGCGUCAUGGUCAAGUUACCCAAAUUGACGGAAGAUGUCGCUCGCUUUGAAAAAAUCUGCUCGUUGUUACACUUGCAGCCACGAGGUACCGCCGGAGAACAUUCAGCUUCAGUUGGAGGCGUGUAUGACGUCAGUAACAAACAACGCAUUGGCCACUCCGAGGCCGAGUUGGUGCAGACGAUGAUAAAUGGCAUCACUUUGCUCAUUGCCAUGGAGCAGAAGCUGGUGGCUGGGGAGUCUAUUGACGCUCUGAUCCCCACGGAAUCAGCCGCUCCGGUUGUCAUUGACGCUGGUCCUCCGCUUGUAGCGUCAACGACGAGCACGGCAGUGUUACCGUCGCAUGAAGACAACUAUCCCGAGUUCACUGCGAAGCACCGCAGUUUGAUGGCCAAACACUUGACUAAGGAACUGUAUGACAAGUUGAAGGACAAACAUUCUAGCAAGGGGUACACGCUGGAUAUGGCCAUUCAAACCGGUAUCGAUAACCCUCACCUCGGUGUCGGUGUAGUUGCCGGUGAUGAGGAAUGUUACGAAGUGUUCAAGGAACUGUACGACCCUGUGAUCGAAGGCUGGCACGGAUUCAAGCCAGACGACAAGCACCACACCGAUAUGGAUGCGGCUAAGCUUGUCAACGCUGACAAGAUCGACAAUGCCUACGUGCAGUCCACUCGCGUGCGUGCUGGGCGUAACAUUCGCGGCCUUAGUCUCCCACCCGGCACGACGCGUUCGGAACGUCUGGAGGUGGAGAACCUCAUUGCGACGGGGUUAUCGACACUCACUGACGAGCUGAAGGGGAAGUAUUACCCUCUAAGUAACAUGACAAAAGAAGAGGAGGACCAACUCCAGAAGGACCAUUUCUUGUUCCAGAAGCCUGGGGGCGGUACCUUGCUGACUGGUGCCGGAGCUGCCCGUGACUGGCCCAGUGGCCGUGGAAUUUUCCACAAUGAUCAGAAGACGUUCCUUGUGUGGUGCAAUGAAGAGGACCACAUGCGUGUGAUCUCGAUGCAAAGUGACGGUAACAUUGUUGAGGUAUUCGCACGCUGGGUCAAGGCUGUGACUGCGGUGGAAGAGAGCAUUAAGGCCAAUGGAUACGCCUUCAUGCACAACGAUCACCUCGGUUUCCUCGGUACUUGUCCGUCGAAUUUGGGCACGGGACUACGUGCGAGUAUGUUCGUUAAGCUCGAGAAACUUGGGGCCGAUCCACACGCUCUUGAAGCCGUCUGUGCUCCUUUGGGCUUGCAACCGCGCGGCUCGGCUGGCGAACACUCGGCUGCUGUUGGUGGUAUGUGGGAUAUCUCCAACAAGGCUCGUAUCGGUAAGUCGGAAGUGGAGCUUGUGCAGACGAUGAUUGAUGGGGUUGGUAAGCUCAUUGAACUGGAGAAGGAGCUGGAGGCUGGCAAGACCUACGCGGACGUGUUGGCCUCUGUGGGCGUCACUCAAAGCGCACAUUGAAGCCGACUGUAGCCGCUAGAGCGAAAACGGGGCUGAUUGUGAAGCUUCUGAAUGUGGUUGCUCGUGGCUACAGACUGAAAGAACAGCGUCAAACUGUUGAGCAUGCGGCCAUGGUGCUGGUUUCCCGCAUAUCUUGAAGGUUUGCUUUUUAUUUCUUAUAUUUUCAAUACGAAACUACGCUGUUACCAAGUACUAGUACUUGUAGCCUUCAAUCGCGUCACAGCACCUCGAAGCACCUACCCUUUUCGUUCAAUGAACGUAACUCGUGAGCCCAGAGCGUCCACCAUUCUCAAGUGACGCGCGAGUCGCUUCUGCCUUUACUGGCGAUAGUAAUAUACUACUGAAGUAAGC